AUGACAGCCGAGAGCCCCCCGGCGUCGUCGAGGUGCGCGGCGGGCCAUGCGGAGGCCGAGGCCGGCCCUGCGUCGAGGCUGCCCGCCUUGGUCAAGCUGGAAGCCGCGCCCGCCGGCGACCCGUUGGAGGCCGAGCCGUCGGAAGAGGAGGCGCCGGCGGCGGCGGCGGGGGGCCUGCUGCGGCCCGCGGGGCGUCGCAGGAAGCGGCCCGUGCAGCGCGGGAAGCCGCCCUACAGCUACAUCGCGCUCAUCGCCAUGGCCAUCGCGCACGCCCCCGAGCGGCGCCUGACGCUGGGCGGCAUCUACCGCUUCAUCACCGAGCGCUUCCCCUUCUACCGCGACGGGCCCCGCAAGUGGCAGAACAGCAUCCGCCACAACCUGACGCUCAACGACUGCUUCGUCAAGGUGCCCCGCGAGCCCGGCCGCCCGGGGAAGGGCAGCUACUGGACCCUCGACCCGCACGCCCGCGACAUGUUCGAGAGCGGCAGCUUCCUCCGCCGCCGCAAGCGCUUCAAGCGCAGCGACCUCUCCACCUACCCGGCCUACAUGCACGAGGCGCCGGCCCAGCCCGCCGUCGGGCCUCCCCUGGGCGCCCCUUACCCGCCUCCCGCCUCCCUCUUGUACUCCUCCCCGCCGCCCCUCUUCGGCCUGGGCACCCUCAUGGCUCAGCCCAGCCCGGAGCUGGCCCAGCAGCAGCAGAACCCGGACGUCGCCCCUUCCCCUGGCAGUAACUGCUCCUUCCCCGGCCCUGCGGCCUACUCUAGCCAAGGCUGCCCUGCAGGGCCUGGCCUCCCGAGGCCCCACAGCGCCGUGCCUUACUCCUACCCGCUCCCCACUGCCCAACAGCUCCAGGUGAGCCAAGGCGCCUACCCUCAGAGCAGCGGCAGCCACCUCUUUGGCACCUCGGCCCGCCCGCUUGGGAAUGACCCCAUGGACUUCUACGGUAGGAUGUCUCCCAGCUCCUACAGCUCCCUGACUCACGGGUACAACGCUGGCGGGCAGCUUGGCAACCCCGGGGCCUACCUGCGGCAUGCGACUUACUCCAGCAAUGUGGAAAGAUUUGUGUCGGCCAUCUGA